AUGAAACCUUCUUCUACUGCACACCGAACUCAUCUAGAAAAAACUUCAUCCAACUCUUCAAAUUCUAUUCUUACACCCUCUGGUCUGUCUGCACCUCCUGUUCACGAGACGACAUCCGAACCCGCCACAGUAUCUGAUGAUUCGGCCAAUAGGCCCAGUCGUAUCCCAGUUUUAUCAGCAUGCUCACCGAGUCCUUCAUCUUUAGAGCCUUCUGGUGAUUUGCCAUCCGAAAGGAUCGCUUCCGUUCCCAAUCAUUCUCCGCAAAAAACGCCUCCCUAUCCUAAGGAACUCGCUCCUGAACUAUCGCAUUGUCAAGAAAAUCAGCUUUUG